UGUUGCAGUGAAUCAACCUCGGCGUGCUCUUCUUUGCUGCCAAUGGAAACUGGAUAUCGAAUUACUAUAUUUGACGCAUCUUGCGCACAUAUAUUGACAUAACGUCUGGAAAUAUUCCAUCUUGAGUUGAAAUCAUGAGUGAAGGAGAUGUCGUUGAAGGGUUGAUAGGGGAAACCGAUGAUACAGUUGUGAACCAUCAAGGUAUAGAGUCACCUAUCCGAGAUGAUGAAUCGGAGGAGAAGCUCAUAGACGGGGCCAUCGAUAAAGCUAUCAGCACAAUACGCCAAAAGGAAAGUGUACAGGGUUUGGUUGACGAUGAAGUUUCAGCCCUCGGUAAUUCAACAGAAACAUUGAAUAGCUCUUCAGUCCCCGAUCAAACCUUCGAUGCUAUUGAUAAGCACUCUUCGGGAAGUACAUCGUCGAAUCAGAGUUCAGUAUCAAACUCAGAGGGUUUGCCAUCUGUAAAUGAACGCGAAGAUGAUGCUGCUGUGGCAAGUAGAGAAGGGCUUGAUUCGAAUGUGGAGACUGCUCCGGACAAUGACACUGGACAUGAUAAAGCAGAGCCGAAUUUUCACGCGACUACCGAAGCUAGUCUUCCACUUAUGUCUGGUGACAAGAAUGCCGCGCGGCCGAAGCAGUCGGCCCGCCAAGCGGCACCGGGUCUAUUUCUACCACCAUCAGUAGAUAAUAUGUCAGAGUUUUGCCAACACGAAAAUGAGUCGUACGACACUGCAAGCAAGCCAGCGAUGACGGAGUCUUCUAGAUCUUUAUUCUUUGAUGAUGACGAUCAGGAUUUGGAAGGGAGUGACAACGGCGGGGACGCGUCGAAAGGAGCUCUAAACACAGAGGACGCUAAGUCGCCGAACGUGGAAGAUGAGUACUAUGAUGAUCCGUUAAUGGGACGUGUGAAGCGUCCUGCGCACAUAACUGCGUCCGAUUCAGACGAACCAGAGUUUGAUACAACGUCGGCGUUAUCAGCCAACAGUUCCACCUGUGACAAAUUCACCUCGACAUUGCGAGAAACCAUAGAAGAAGCCCGAACCGAUGCGAAUAAGGACAAUCCAAAGGUGCAACCUUUACGCGCAAUACGAAAUCGAACUAAAAGCGAGACCAUGAAUGACUUGUUUAGCGGCGAGAUGGCGAGUGAGACCCAAUCGGAAACUCUCAAAGAUAGUCUGUUCAAUGAUAGUGACAGCUCGCAAGAUACAACUGAUGCCAGCCCCAUACUAUCACCAACUAUUGCCACUGAGAGUUCUUCAAAUUCCCAGCUAUGCGACGCGUCUCAGGAAGACUCCAGUCGUGAUGAUGCGCUCGCUGAUCCAAUACUGGAUAUUGAUCACUCGUCGGACAAUAAGAAUGUGGCGAGCGCUGCAGAGUCAGGUGAUCAAGGCGGAAAUUGCCAAAGAUCAGCAGAUGAUAACGUGGGAGAUGGGAACGGAGUAAAGGACGUGUCCGUACGUGAGAGCAAGAUAGUGACAACUGACUCUUCUGCGAGCUUCAGUGAUAGCAUAGACAAGGGUGCUCACAGUGGCGAAAUGGACGGUGAAUCUCCUGCUGAUCUUACCACUGAGACAUCAGAUGAGAGAAUUAACCCUGUCAAUAAUCAUACAUCUAGUGACGACGCUGAGCAAUCUUCGUGCGGGCCUGUCACUUUUUUGGAAUUCAACCCAGAUUUAUCCACUGACACCAGCAAGGAUGAAGCGGCGAGCACAUGCACUUCUCAACCAACAACAGCAAAGCAGACAGUGGCCAAUAUCCAGGACUGUGUAUCGAUGGAGGAUGGUGGGAGGACUAGCAACGACGACUCGCUGUAUACAUCCGCCAGUGCUUCGCUUUCCUCAGCGGGGGUCCCAAACGACUCUACAACGAACGGAACUGAACCUUCCGCGAAUGACAAGGAGACCGCGAGCGGGAUUGCGAGCAACGAUGUGGGUCCAAUCACCAGUGAGACGUUCCCGGAAGCAAACAAUGACGCGAGAGAAUGUGCACCAAAGAUAAAAGAACGGAAGAAAGUUUUUAGCUUCUCAAUUGACGAGAACAGCGACGAAGAUCUAUUCGCUGCCGAGCCGGUAGUGCACAAGCCGCGAAAACACAAGUCGCCAAUCAAACCUGUGCGUCAAACUCCUGCACCAGUUAUAGUACCGACACCUCCGGUGCCUACAGAGAUAGAGGAACCUAAAGAACCACCCAAGUCUGUUGGGCUGUUCGAUAGUGACGGCGAUGCCGAGGAUUCUGAUUUGUUCACUCCUGUUUGUGAUAGUCGAAAUAAGAUAGCCCCACGAUCCCCCGCUGUGUGGAGAACGUCUUCGCGUCUCCCUGCGGAGGAUAAGGCAUGUGACUCGGAAACGGACGAGACAGCACCGAAGCUGACCGACCAAUCGGUGAGUAGCGCGGAAGAUAGCGUGUCGGAAUCGGAUACAAAGGUUACCGAGAACAAGGAUACAGCGGAGUUUGACUCUAGGAGCGAGCAAAAUAUUGAACGGGAACUGUCCGACCCAAAGCCAAGAACUCUUUCCUUGCAGAAAGCAAACAUAACUGAUAUCGGACUGGUAUCGAAUUCGAGCACUGUUGGAGAAGGCAGACCGGUUGAGACGGACACAAGUACAGAUGGAGAUGAUAUGACCGCGAAAAUUGACAUCCAAUCCCAGAAGGUCGCAAAUAUUGAAGUCGUUGAGAAUACGCCAGCAAGAAACGAACCCACAGACGACAAAUCAGAAGCUAAGGGCGCAGGCGCGAAUAGUAUUCGAAAUACGUCGGAAUCAGGCACGCGCUCCUCGAUGGAAGCGCACUCGGAUGAUAGAAACUCUGAAAUUCCCACGAACAACAGGCCAGUCAUUUUUGAAACGCAACCUAUCGCGCACUCGCCGUUAGCUAACCUUCAAGUCGGUCGUAUGCUCUCCGUCAACUCUGGAGUUGGGCCCUGUAGCGAUGCCAUAAAUCUUUUUGACGAUGAUGCUUCUGAUGAAGAAAAUGGUGCAGAGAAGGGGCCUACGAGGUCUAAGGCUAAAACAUUGGCUUUUGGCCUCUACAAUGAUCGUGCCGAAACUGAUGAGGAGGACGGACUUUUUGGACCUAGCUCUGCCAGUAAGCUUGUUAGCCGAGAAGGAAAUGGUGGGUCUCUAUUUGGCAGUCAGAAGAAAUUAAAACAGAAGUUGAGUAUAUUCGGCGCAGAAAAGAUUAGAAAGAAGGGUGCAAUAAGUGGAGCUAUAGGAUCAGAUGCAAUUGCUGAUGGAGAUGCUGAUGAGUUUGUCGUGACAUCGAGUGUGAAAAAGCCUCCUGCCCGCGAAAGGUUUGUUAGCCUGAAUCCACUGGGUGUGGGGACGAAGAAAUACGAUCCGAACACGGUAGCAACUGAUGUAAAUUCCAGUUCAAAAAUGCGCGGUGGCCGGUCUCGCAAUAAAGAGAGCAAUAUGUUGGGCCAAAACGAUGCAAAUGUAGCCAAUAUAUUCGCACAGGCGCAGGAGGAUACUGCCCCGGUGGAAAGCGCUCAAACGGAUGGGAGGAAUACGGCGGCUGCAUCGGUAUUCUCCUCAAAGAGUGCGAGAACAACAAGUGCCACUUCGCGACGAAGCCCCCAAGAAGGCAAGCUCUCACCGAAACAGAGUACGACAUCUAAGAUUGUUCCAAAUGCGCAUGCCAAAACAUCAACUAGCAGACGAACUAAAAGUUCUUCUACAAGCGACAGAGUAGUGGAUAGCUCCCGUUCCGCUGCCUCGCUGGGGUUGUUUAGUGAAAAGCCAGGCAAGAUGAUUGGUACAAAGGAGAGCUCAUCGAAGGCCUUCGCAGUCUCAAAGCCUGCAGCGAUCGAUGAUUUGGAUGGCAGUGCAUCCGACGUCGGAGGUAUAUUCGACACUCCAUCGUCGCAUUUCACCAGUAGCGCGCUGCGAAAGAAAGUACCACAGUCAUUGUUCGGCGACAUUGAGAGGGAGGAGGACGGAUUCGACACCAUUACGCGCACUUUAGCGAAAGAAAGCGACCGCAGGCAAAAAAGCCAAGGCCGAACGAAGAAGUCGGCCAGAAGCAUGUUUGAUGAUUCUGAUGAUGAACUCACGGAGGUAUUGGCCAGAGAUGACAAGAGAGACAUAUUUAGCGAACCCCCUAAACAAAACAAGAUGAGAGUCGCAAGGAGUAGGAAGGACAAGGGAGUAUAUAGCGGAAAGGAUAGUUCUCACACCGGCUCGCUCGAGGGCGAAGACAGCGGUUCUGAAACCGAUGAGCUGUUCAGCGCUAUACCGAAUGCCGGUCGGAAGUCGAUAAAUGGCAAUCGGAAAACUGGAUGGGAGGUGAAAAAGAAUCCAGUUGUCAGUACUACUCAGCGUGGCCCUUCCUCAAACACUACUGUCGGUAUGUUUGGAAGCGAUGAGGAGGAGACUGGCAGUGAUGGAACAUUCCAAUCAUCUGGUAUACCCGAUCGCAAGCUGCGUAGUGUAAAUAUUAGUUUUCAAACUGGGGUUACUAAAGGUCAUGCUACUAUAGUAUGUGAGGGACGUAUUGUCGAAGGAAUCACUACACCGUCAAUAAGAUCCGAUAUUGAUAUCGAACCCGUUGCAAUAGACACACUCGAAAAUUCGGGCUCGUCUACAAGUAUCAAGGACGCCGGAGCGUCAUCCACGAGCACGCCCAUAAUUGCCGGAGACAGCUCUAACGGUCCAAAUGUUACUGGGCACAAGAGUCUUAAAUCAUAUGCCGCGCUCAAUAAAGAAGCCAUAGCAGAUGAGAGUAGUGGAGAUUUAAUAGAGAAUGCGGGCGAGUCGGCCGAAACACUCAUUGGUGAGAGUGCCAGUCGGAGUGCGGAAGUAUGGAGUGCGAUGGACAGGUCGAGCGCGAAUGUUACCAGAAAAUCAGAAAAUGUGCCAAUAGAAGUUAAGGGUGCCUCUGCCAAUAUUGAACCGACAGUCUCGUCUGUAUCGUCAAAGAAAAUACACAUACGACCUGUCAUCUCAAAUGUUGCUUCUAGCGGAUUGUUUGGGGAUGAUGGAAGCGACGAAGCAGAUGAUUUCGGUCUAAGCGCUACGCAGUCUGCAAAACCGAAGAAAUCUGCCAUGAUGGAAUCUAUAAUGGAAAGCAAUUUAGGCAUUAACAAGGCAAAUAGCCUUUUUGAAGGAGACGAUGAUCUGUUCUCCGAGGAUGUGAGUAGGAAGAUCAUGGGCAACCUCAUUAGCCCUGGAAAGAAAGACAAACGGAAGGGAUCUAAGCCUAGGCAAGCGAGCGAUAGUUUAUUCGGACUCGAUGACAGUCAGGAUGACACUCAAUUUUCUGUCGCAUCCACAAGAGCUACUAAAGACAAGGCCCGAAAGAAAAAGGGAGGUGCCGAGCGUACUUUGACUUGGGGCGCCAGUGAUAGUGAAGAUGAGACAGACGGUUUUGGUCAAAAUCAUGACAAAUCCAGCGAACAUAGUAAGGGAAAGUCUGGCAAAACUCUCUUUGAGAAUGAUGAUGGUGGUGGCGACGCCGAUGCUAGUGACCAAUUAGAUACACUGAAGGCAUACAAACGUCGAUCACCGAAAGGUCCUGCGCUAACUCAACCACAAAGUACAUCUUCGAAAUCGCCACGAACACACGUCGUACCUCCUAUUGCUGGCGUGUUAAACAUGUCUAAAUCGCCCUCCUCCGUAGAAAGUUCCAGAACGCCGUCGCAGCCUUUUUCCCCGCCGACUGUUCCAGUGGUCCAGCCUCAAGAUGAGCCAAAGGUGAAAAGCAACGAUGGGCAGGAGUGCGCUUCGCCCGAACUUCCCCCACCUCUACCACCAGCUUCGCCCGACAGUGCCAAACCCAAAGUCGAACCUAGGACCGAAACUAAACUCGAGGCUACUAAGGACAAUUCAUCACCCCCAGAAUCCAAAUCAACGUUUAUCGCGCACACGCCAUCCGCAAGUCCGCCACCGUUCCUUGAGGAAUACACACCAGAGGCAUCACCAGACAGGUUAUCUCCAGUGAAUUCCUUUGUGACCCCGAGGAUCAAGGAGCCCUCAGCAGCUUCACCUCCGACACUGCCACUCCCUCUCGACGAUACAUUCUUGGAGGUCAACUACCACACACAGACUGAGAAUAUAUUCAAGGAGUGCCCUCCUCCCUUGCCAGAUUUUGAAUCAAACGGCGUGGCAUCGGAUUCCGAUUUGGAUGUCGAUAACCUUCGGAGCCCAAACCCACCUAGGAAGCCGUCGCCGACCCUCGCAGCAGAAAAGGGUAUCGAAGCAAAUCAACGGGCUCUGGUACCAGCUGAUGCUCCAGAGAUAGAGCGAGAUGUCUUACCAUCGCCUUUGCCGGAAUUGGAUACGACGGCCGUCACACCACCACUUUUUGACUCCAUAACAUCAUUUGAUGGCGUCUUUAAGGUGGCCCCUCCACCAUUAGAACGUUUUGCAACACCGUCACCUGUGCCACCGCCUAUGAAGAAGAACGGCAAUGAUGAACUAGAACGAGACGUGCCGGUGCCUCCUCCUCUAGUUGAUGAUAUUGAGAGGCCCAAUGGGAGUACAAGCAAGGGGAUUGCGAAUGCAUCUCGUGCGGAUGGUGGGCCUGUGAUCCCAAAUCCUGACGACGACAGGGAGUACUUUCUAGCGGGUCUGAACAAUGAAGAAAAUUCCGUAUUCCAGCACGACUUCAGUCAAAAUAGAGUACCGCAAAAUGUGACGCCGAAAACUUAUGCAAACAUCUUCACAUCCGUGGAAGGCAAUUCCGAUAUAUUCUAGUAAGUCUGUGGCUGGAAGCGGCACAGUCACCAUGCUCCAGGAACUGACGGAUUGACUGUCGGUGCUUCAAUCCGACGUAUGAACUCGGAUCAGUCAGGCUAGACAUUGUGCCAUGCCGACAGUAUGUGUAAAAAUCCCAGAUAAAUAAUUAGUAAAUUUAAGAUGGCCGCUG